CUUGUCUGAAGUGUUUCUUGUUGCAAGUGUUAAGAAACAGAUUAAAAUUACAUCACAAUGGACAAGCUUAAACGACUUCAAUAUUCUACCGAAGAUAUAAAUAAAGCUGUUAACGCUGUUCAGUCAGAAAUGCCAUUUAAAGCAGCUAGCAAGUUAUACAACGUACCCAGAUCGACCCUACAGGACAAAGUAAAGGGAAGAACACUUUUAGAUAAAAAUGUGGACCAGGGACCAUACUAACCAGGGAAGAAGAAAAUUUACUGGUGGAAUGGUUAUUUCGGAUUGCAGCAUAUGGAUUUCCAGCAACAAAAACACAGUUGUUAGAUAGUGUUCAGCUCUUGCUUAAAGAAUUGGAUAGGCCUAAUAAUUUCGCAGAUGGCAGGCCUGGACGGAAAUGGUAC